CCGCCGCCCGGUCCUGGUGUCGUGUCGCCGUGUCGCCGCGUCGUGCCGCCGUCGUGAUGCGGUGAAGCGCGAGUGCGAAGCGCGAAGCAACGCGAAGCAACGCGAAGCAACGCGAAGCCAUGCCGCUGUACGGCGACUACUACGGCUCGUCCCCGUACGCGUACGGGGGCGGGCUCAGCCCCUACGGCUCGCCCUACUCGUCGUCCUCCGCGCCCGGCUUCUCCAAGAUGCUCUCCUCCGUGCUCAACUACGGCCUGGACAUGCCGCGCGGCGGCGUCAUCUCCAUCAGCAACAGCCCCGGGCCCUACUACCUGGACACGCGCUCCUGGGUCGCGCCCAUGUCGCCUCGCCUGGGCUACUCGUCGGGGCUGUCGUCGGGCUUGUCGUCCUCGGGGUACCGGCCGGCGCGGCCCAAGUGGAUGGACGUGUCCGACAUCGACGUGACCAAGCCGCGCGGACGGCGCGCCAUCGCCGCCGCGGCCAACGCCGCCCUGCGCACCGCGUCGCCGUCGCCCGCCGUCGCCGUGCCCGUCGCCCCCGCCGUCGCCGCCCCCGCGCCCGUCGACGGCGUGCUCACGGACCGCGUGCGCGCCGAGCGCGCCGUGGAGCGGGCACUCAUCGAGCGCGGGGGCAACAAGUGCACCAUCAAGAGGGACCGCACCGUGGUGCGACUCCGCACCAAGAAGGAGACCCCUGCGCAGGCGGAACGGCGCCGCAACCGGCAGAAGACCCCAGGCGAGCGUCUGGUGGAGAAGUUCCUCAUCAAGGACAAGUCCCUGGAGGAGGAGCGCCAGCGCCGCGAGGAAGAGGAAGAGAGGCAGCGGCGGCGCGCGGCGCGCCUGGCCGACCACGCCAUCGUGCGCAGGAACACGCCCCGCCGCAAGUCCAGCCUGCAGACCGACGCCAUCGCCGCGGUGGCCGCGGCCGCCGCCCAGGAGGAGGAGCGCGUCGAGGAGGCGCCGGCCGACGACUCGGCCGAGGCGCAGGAGCUGCACGUCCUGGACGAGCUGAUCCUGGACGAGAUGACGCACGAGGACCCGGUGCGGCGGGGGUCCUCCACGCGCAUCUCCUACAAGGGCUACGCGCCGGCCGCCACGCCGCCCGACAUUGAGGUCAGCCAGCACGGCAAGCGCAAGUCGCGGCGGCGGAGCUCCGACCUCAACAAGCUCGUGGACUCCAUCAGCGAGGACCCCGAGACCGAGUCCACGGCCGCGCCGAUGCUGCAGCGGAGGCUGUCCGUCAAGCGGCGCGGCUCCAGGGAGAUCACCGCCACGCUGCACAUCCCCGCCAGCCUGGCCAAGAGCGGGUCCGCGUCCAAGGUGCCCGGCCUGGCGCAGAUCAGCGAGACCAGCGUGGACGACAGCGACCUGCCCGGCCAGCAGACGUCGCCGAAGAUCAAGUCCCCCGCCGCGCUCAAGAUCGUCGACGUGGAGGUGGAGGUGACGCACUCGCCCAAGACCCCCCGGCGGUUCGUGUACGACGUCGUGGUGGACGGCGACGACCCCAAGCGGGUGCCGUCGCGGAAGGUGGUGCCCAGCAAGGCGGAGACCGUCGCCCUCAAGGUCGACGAGAAGCGGACGCUGCAGUCCCACGUCGGCCACGUCGAGGACGCGCCCACCAGGCCCAACACGCUGGACCUCACCAAGUCCGGCCAGACCACCAAGCCCAAGGUGCCCGUGCUGGAGGCGCUCAAGAGCGUUGAGAAGACGCCGUCCGCGGACACCAAGACCGCCAAAGCGGCGCAGACGCCGUCCAAGGCGCAGCCCAGCCCCGCCGCCACGCCGGCCCCCGCCACCCCCGCCAAGACCCCCGCCGCGGCCAAGACUGCCGCACAGACUCCCACCGCGGCCAAGACUGUGGCACAGACUCCCGCCAAAACUCCCGCACAGACUCCCACCGCGGCCAAGACUGUUGCUCAGACUCCCGCCAAAACUCCCGCACAGACUCCGGCCAAGACGACCGUCGGGGGGCUGUGGGGCGCCCCGAAGGCGGCCCCGCAGACGGUCGCCAAGGUGCAGAACCAGACUCCCACAGCGGCCAAGGCGCCGGUGGAAACUCCCGUCCCGAAGCAAGAAGUCGAAACUCCCGCAAACUCCCACUGCCGCAAAGGCCGCGGCGGCAACGCCCGUCGCACAGUUGCUAACUCCCACAGCAGCGAAGGCACCGGUGAAAAGUGUAGCCGAACCAAAAGCAGCUGCGCAAACUCCCACUGCAGUCAAGGCCCCUGCUCAGACUCCCACGUCACCCAAAGUGCCGGUCGAGACUCCUGUUGCCGCGAAGCCGCCACCGCAAACUCCAACAACUGUGAAAGCCCCGGUCCAAACUGCGGUGAAGCCUCCUGCGCAAACCCCAACAGUGGCGAAGCAGACUUCCGUAGAUACAGCCGUGGCCGCCAAGCCCCCGCCUCAAACUCCCACAGCAACCAAAGCCCCCGUUCAGACUCCCCCUGUCGCGAAGCAGGUCUCAGUGGAAACUCCCACUGUAACCAAGCAGGUUUCAGUCGAAACUCCAAAAGUAACAAAGCAGACUUCAGUUGAAACUCCCAAAGUUACUAAGCAGACUUCAGUGGAAACUCCCAAAGUUACUAAGCAGACUUCAGUGGAAACUCCUAAUGUAACCAAGCAGGCUUCAGUCGAAACUCCGGUCGCCACCAAACCUUCACCACAAACUGCCACAGCAAUCAAAGC